GACUAAAAUAACUCACUCUGUCUACCUACAUUUUUCAUGUAAGACUUUAAAUUAGUAUAAUGUUUCUUAACGGUUAAAUUUAGUAUUUGAGCAUAAUAAUUGAGGUUAAAAAAUGUUUUGAAAUAAGAAUUAUUAGAGGUCGGUAGUUGAAAUAGACUGGACAACUAGGCGCGAAAACGAUGUAUAGAAGAAGAUGGACAUAAGAUUAAGCAACUCCUAUAUAUAAUUUGCUAAAACAGAAUAUACUACAGCUCAAUUGAUGUGGACAAUUCCAACAUAAUGUUUCUAUCAAAUUAUGUGAAAGAUAUUAUAAAGAGAAUAUAUUUUAUACACUUCACAUCGAAAAUGUUUAUCCUUAUCUACUGUUUAUAUAUCAAUUCAUGGUUCAUUUGUGUCACUACUGUUUUGGUUUUUAUAUUGGGCAUUUGGGCUUUGACCCAUAAACAAGCUUUUCUUUUGCUUAUACAAUUAAUUGGAAUACCCUUUAUAAAACUAAAAACAAAAAGUUUCUUAAAGUUUAUUAAAAUAAAAUCUCACUUUAGCAUCCACAUAUGGGCAAUAGAGAUAGAGGGAGAGACAUUUGUCAGUUACUGAGUUAGGUUCUUUGUAGGUUAUAAAUGGUCUCAGAUUUAUUGUGACACAAUAAAUAUAGUUGCUCUACUUCAUUCUGCUUUUGAAAAAUAUAGAUUAAGAUCCUUGAUUCAUCAUGAGGUAUUCCAAUAAACUUAUUUUGCUAACUUUAUCAACAAUGGCUCUCAUUUUAGUUGGGGAGAGUCACAAAUCAGUUCCUUCGGAUGAGGAGGAAGAAGAGAUGGAGAAGUUACUCAACUAUCUCAAUAAACCUGCCCUCAAAAGUUUCCAAACUGAACCUGGUUAUAUAUUGGAUUGCAUCGACAUUCAAAAACAGUUAGCUUUUGAUCAUCCUUUACUCAAGAACCAUUCUAUUAAGUUGAAGCCCACAAUUAUACCUAAAUGGACCAAAGAUAACAACACUUCUCAUAAAUCUAGUUCAUUGCCAUUUCGACAAGAUGGCAUAAGUUGUCCAGUUGGGACAGUCAUUGUAAAAAGGAUUAUACUUGAAGAUCUUAUACAAGCUCAACGUUUGAAAUCCUUAGGAUUCAACUAUCCAGGACAAAUUUCUUCAAAGGACAAGAAAAUUGAUUUAACGGGUCAUCAUUUUGCCACAAUUAGUUACAAAGAUUACCACUAUGGAGCAAAAGGAAACAUUAACGUAUGGAACCCAAAUGUCUCACCUGAUCAGUUUAGUCUUGCGGCUAUGACUGUCUCAGGCAACGAAGGGUUUCAAAGCAUUUCUGCUGGAUGGAUUGUGUAUCCAGGGCUAUAUCACAAUAAUCAAAGUCGCUUAUUCACUUACUGGACUGCGGAUGGAAAUAAUAAGACUCAUUGCUACAAUACACUAUGUCCUGGGUUUGUACACGUGAGCACCAAGUAUGCAAUUGGAAUGCUUGUCCAACCAGUUUCCAUUUAUGAUGGUCAACAAUAUCAACUAGAAGUCAGCAUAUAUCAGGAUCAUGUUACAGGAGACUGGUGGUUUGUGCUAAAUAACGAGCCAAUUGGAUAUUGGCCAAAAUCAUUGUUCAAACCUCAAGGUUUAGCUGAUGGAGCGAGUGCGGUGUUUUGGGGAGGAGAAGUUUACAGUUCAGUGAAAGAGAAGAGUCCAAGCAUGGGAAGUGGACAUUUCCCACAAGAGGGUUACAAGAAAGCAGCCUAUGUGAAUGGUUUUAAAAUAAUCACUGAUAUAACAAAAGAAGUUUCGAGUCCGUUAGCUUCAGCUUUAAAGACAGUCGCAGACAGUCCAAACUGUUAUAACGUCAAGAAAAUAUUAGGUGUUGGUGAAUAUUGGUCAAGAGCUAUCUUAUUUGGAGGACCUGGAGGAUGCACAUUUUAGUUAACUUAACUUAAACCGAUUAAACAUUUUUUUCAGAUUUCAUUAA